CCCUCCGACGCUCUCCUCCUCUUCCUCCUCCUCCCAUCGCGUCCACCCGAUACCAGAGAUGAGACUGAGGUCUCUCACUGAUUCCAAAACCCAGUCAUGAGCUGUCAAGUAAUUACAGGGUAAAGAAGUGCCCGAGAGCCGCGGUUGAGUCUGAACGUGAAUCUGGCUCGUCCCCUCGGUUCCCCCUUUUGAAUGUUAAGCGAGGAGCCUCGGGAGGAAAGUUAAACUUUAACACGCUCCCGUAGCCAAAAAGGGAAUUAUCUCUCACCUGCCUGGUUUGGAGCCACCUGUUUUUCAUUCGUCCUUCACCCCGAGCGCUCUGUCUUGUCCUCUCCGCCGGUAAACAAGCAGGGCGCGGCAAGGAGACCUUUGUGAGCGAAGAGGACUCUACUGGUCAGAUCUCUCCCCGACCCACGCUCGUUCAGCGCAAGGCCGUGAGCGUGGACUGGUCCGGGCCUGGGAACUCCCGCGGCCUCUACCUAACUGUACAGGGAGUGUUGUCUUGUGACCGAGCCGAGUCUUGAGAGUCAGCAAAUCCUUUUUUCAAUUUUCCACUCUCAGUUACUGGGAAGCCACAAACGAGUGAUUUAAUCUCUGGGCGCCCCACUGUUUGCAAUUACGCAGGCACUCCAGGACAAGGUGUACGAGUGCAAGAGUCAGGUGAAGAAGGAGGAGAAGCACCAGAAGAGGCCAAUCCUGACUCCCAAACGGGACAGAGAGGCCCAGGGACAGGAAUCUGCCAUCAUGAGUGUUGAGAAAACAGGAGGAAGGCUCUUGGGCGGGAAGUGUUCGAGUCUGUCGGGAGCCCGUCAGUUACCCGUGAUCCAGAAGAUGGUGGAGUCCGUGUCCCGGCUGCAAGAGGAGAAGGCCCGGCUGCAGGAAGAGCUGCUGGCUCUGCAGGAGAAACUUGCCCUGAGGGAGAGCGACCAGCAGGCCGCGUCUGCCCAGCUGCAAGAGCAGGUGGAAAACCUCAAGGGGAAACUCACUGGCCAAACCCGGGAAAUAAAUAGACUCCGAUCAGAGCUGGGUGGCACUGACUUGGAAAAGCAUCGGGAUCUGCUCCUGGUGGAGAACGAACGUCUGAAGCAGGAGAUGAGGGUGUGCGAGGCUGAGGUGCAGGAGCUGAGGCCUAAGCCCUCGGCCUGCCCUGACUGUGAACACGGCAAGGAGAGCGCUGAGCUGCGGAAGAGGGUGUCUGAGCUGCAGCUGGAAGUGGAGGAGAAUAAGGGGAGGCUGUCGGAGCUGGACCUGGAGGUGCAACAGAAGACCAACCGCCUGGCAGAGGUUGAGCUGCGGCUGAAGGAUUCCUUGGCAGAGAAGGCAGAGGAGGAGGAGAGGCUGAGCCGGAGGCUCCGGGACAGCCAGGAGACCAUCGCCACCCUGAGAGCUCAGCCCCAACCCAUCAAGUACAUCAUCAAGACGGUGGAGGUGGAAUCCUCCAAGACGAAGCAGGCGCUCUGUGAGACGCAGGCCCGGAACCAGUACCUGCAGGAGCAGGUGGGCAUGCAGAGGCAGGUCCUGAAGGAGAUGGAGCAGCAGCUCCAGAGCUCGCAGCAGACCACGGCCCAGCUUAAAGCCCAGAUCAUGCUGUACGAGUCGGAGCUGGAGCGGGCCCAUGGCCAGAUGCUGGAGGAGAUGCAGUCCAUGGAAGAGGACAAGAACCGGGCCAUCGAGGAGGCUUUUGCGAGAGCCCAGGUGGAGAUGAAGGCGGUGCACGAGAAUCUGGCAGGGGUCCGGACCAACCUCCUGACUCUGCAGCCGGCACUCCGGACCCUCACCAACGAUUACAACGGCCUGAAGCGGCAGGUGCGGGACUUCCCCCUCCUCCUCCGGGAAGCUCUGAAGACUGCUAGGGCAGAGAUCGGCCAAGCCAUCGAAGAGGUGAACAGCACCAAUCACGAGCUGCUGAGGAAAUACCGCCGGGAGCUGCAGCUCCGCAAAAAGUGCCACAACGAGCUGGUGCGGCUGAAAGGAAACAUCCGGGUGAUUGGCCGAGUCCGACCGAUCACCAAAGAGGACGGGGAGGGGCCGGACGCCGCCAACGCCGUGACGUUUGACCCCGAUGACGAUGCCGUCAUUCAUCUGCUCCAUAAGGGGAAGCCGGUGUCUUUUGAGCUGGAUAAGGUGUUUCCCCCAACCUCGAGUCAGCAGGACGUGUUCCAGGAAGUCCAGGCCCUGAUCACUUCCUGCAUCGACGGCUUCAACGUCUGCAUCUUCGCCUACGGACAGACAGGUGCCGGCAAGACCUAUACCAUGGAAGGGACCCCCGAAAACCCCGGCAUCAACCAGCGGGCGCUGCAGCUGCUGUUUUCCGAAGUUCGGGAGAAAGCCUCCGACUGGGAGUACGUGAUCACCGUGAGCGUGGCGGAGAUCUACAACGAAGCUCUCAGGGACUUGCUGGGAAAGGAGCCGCAGGAGAAGCUGGAGAUCAAGCUGUGUCCCGACGGCAGCGGCCAGCUGUACGUCCCCGGGCUCACCGAGUUCAGAGUGCAGAGCGUGGAGGACAUCAACAAGGUUUUUGAAUUCGGACACACCAACAGGACCACCGAGCACACCAACCUGAAUGAGCACAGCUCUCGCUCUCACGCUCUCCUGAUCGUCACCGUCCGCGGGGUGGACUACAGCACCGGCCUCAGGACCACGGGGAAGCUGAACCUGGUGGACCUGGCCGGGUCCGAGCGGGUGGGGAAGUCUGGAGCGGAGGGCUGCCGCCUCCGAGAGGCCCAGUACAUCAACAAGUCGCUGUCGGCGCUGGGGGACGUGAUCUCCGCCCUGCGCUCCCGCCAGGGCCACGUGCCCUUCCGCAACUCCAAGCUCACCUACCUGCUUCAGGACUCCCUCAGUGGGGACAGCAAGACGCUGAUGAUGGUGCAGGUGUCUCCUGUGGAGAAGAACACCAGCGAGACGCUCUGCUCCCUGAAGUUCGCCGAGAGGGUCCGGUCCGUGGAACUGGGCCCGGGGGCCCGGCGAGCGGAGCUGGCGUCCUGGUCGAGCCAGGAGCAUUUAGAGGUCGACGUCUCCCCAGCCCUGCCGCCUCCACCCCCGGCCCGGGCCCACUCCGCCCCCGGCUCCGGGACCCCGGUCGGACGAUCCAGCUCGAUACGGAGGAAGCUCCAGACCUCGGGGAAGACGAGGCCGGUGCUUGUAUGAUACGCUGGGACUGGAAGGGCUGGAUCCGCUGAAGACAUCCCCCGCGUGUGGGGCGAGGGAGAGUUCCCGAGUGGGAGAGACUGGAAUGACGUCGGCAUCCGCCCUGUUCUCCACCGGCCUCUCCUGCCGACGACGGAGGAUUUAAAGUUCCAAGACUGGGAUCCCUUUCCCAAAGGGAGGGGAGGGGACGGACGGGCAGGGACUGCCUCCCCCCCUCCCACCACCGCGGCUCACCUGUCGACUUGCCUGGAUGGAAACUGAGGCGGAGGGCGAUCCUCCGGUCCGGCUCCGGAGCCAAGGCGCCGGGAAGGCCACGGGUCUCGGGGCGGAAGGGGCCCGGCUCUGAGGGGCAACGGGAAGCUUCCGGCCGAGGCCGCUCCCGGUCGGAGCUUCGGCGCCGAGGCCGGGGGGCCUGGCCCAAGGCGGAGGCCACCCCCCGGCCUGCUCCGCACUGACGCCCGGCUCCGUCAGCCCGUCGGCGUCGGGCUCCCCGGGCUGCUCUCUGGGCCGACGGCCUCCGGCGACGGUCGGAGGGAGAGGCGACCCAAAGGGGUCGGUCCCCAGCUAGGUUUGGGCGAGGUCGGGUCAACCACGGCUCAGCAGCGGGGCGCGCGACACGCAGGAUCCCGAGCCCCCAUCCGAGGGGCCGGCCCGGCCUCGCCAUCCUCCCACCCUGCGGACAAAGGAGCCUGUGUCCCUGGGUGAUUUUCUGGCGGGCCCUGCCGGCACGUGCCCUGAUGCCGCCGGGGAGCGAGUGGAUCUGAAAUGGAGCCCGUCUUUGGGGCAGAAGAAUUGAGGCCCUCCCUCGAGUUUCUUUCCCGAGGGGGAAAACUCCCCCGAAGAGCUCUCCCGGGAAGCUCUUCCGUCCAGCGGUGGUACGUUUCCCAGCUCUGCAGAUGGAGUCACGGUUGGCUUCCCUCUCCUCCCCGUCCCCUCUUGCUGGGCAGCCAGGCCAGAUCCCUGCUUCUCAGCUUAGUGCCCCAAGCACCUCAGCUGGUGUGUGUGAGGGGGCCGGGGGGAACGGUGUGGAGGGGCAUGGUCUCAGUGGAAGGAGGAGGCUUCCUCCUUUCCCUCAGUCCACCCCCCCCCCCCCAACUCCCACCUCACCCCCAGCAGCUGAGCUGACCUGCAGCAGGCCUCGGUUGCCAUCCUCCUGGACCCGGCCCGGCUUUCCCUGGGAGUGGGGCUGGCUGGAUCGUGUUUCCCAGAGGAAUCCCUCCCUGCCCGGCUCCCAGGCCCGGUCCCCCCAUCCUCCCUGACCCAGCGAACAGGUAGAGCAGGCUGGGGCGGCCUUCAGCCGUGCUGCGGUCGGGGGCAGAUCUCACACCCCCUUCCCCGCACGACUCCUCCUCCCCCCCCACCCUGUGGGAGCAGCCGGGAGCCGGCGCACCGCCCCUCCCCGUCCCCCCUCUCCCCAGUGAAAGGAUGCACUUUACGCCACGCAACUCUUUAGCCCUUCCUACGGCGCGAAGAGCGGCGAGGGGGACCGGGGGACCGGGGGCCGAAAGCCAAGCGACCGGCCCCGUGUUCUCCAGGCUCGGCCCGGACCGAGUUUGCCCCGGGGAGCUCUUACCGGUGGGUUCGCGUGGGCCCGGUCCCGGCUGGGCGGACCGUCACCCGGAACGGCCUGCUCCGCUCCCCGGGGUCCGAACUCACCCAGCCUCGAGGAGCCCGGGGUCCCGACCGUUUGGGCUUGGGCCCAGCGAGGGGGGGGGGCGGACGCCGGCCCCCGCCGCGGGCCGACUCCGCGGAGGCCGAACGGUCCUCCCCCUCCAUCCUCUUGGACCGUUUCGACCCAGCUGCCGCUCUCAAGCCCGAGGAAACGUAGGAGAACAAGUGAGUGCGUAAAUAGGAGCUGUAUAUAGUUGUGUAAAGAAGCGGCUUCCCGUUAAGCUACAGUCAGUGGUGCAGAACCGUUAAAAGUGUCGUUUCCCCUUAGAUGGGCCAGCGUCUGGUCUCGACUGACCGUGUUGUAUUCAUCUCCACUUGGAAGGGACGCCGGCAAGUGAGGGCCGGGUCCGUGGGGUGCGUUUGGCGAGGGCGGGCCGCGGGGCCCAGCCAGGCCGGGCAGCCGAGGGGCAGGAGGGGCCUGGGCCCCGAGGGCUUCCCCGGGGACGGGGCGGCCCCGGCUGACGCGCGGCCGAUGGUUCAAACGCGCCGCCCUCUGCCGUCACGAACCUUUUGAGUAUUUCUCUCGAAAUACGAAGUCUUAUUUAAAAGCCUGCCUUUUGGCAGGUUUGCCCUUUUUACUUAUUUUAAUAAAGAGAUCCUUUUCGUAACAGGCAA